AUGGCUGCUGCAUUUACAUGGGUUGGUUUAUGGCUGCUUUCAUGCCUGGCUCUGGUUUCCAUGUCCAAGGCUCAACAUGCACACCAAUUCAUUUAUAAUCAAGGCUUCCGUAACGCUAAUCUCCAUGUUGAUGGGAGUGCCAAAAUCCUCUCCAACGGUCUAUUGCAGCUCACCAACACUUCAAGACUGCUGAUCGCCCAUGCUUUCUACCCUUCCCCUAUAAACUUCAACGCUUCUUCCACUUCGCCUCAAUCUCUUUCCUUCUCCACAAACUUCGUAUUCGCUAUUGUUCCUGAAUCGGAAGAUGCUAGCGGUCAUGGCGCUGCCUUUGUCAUAGCAGAAUCAACGGAUUUCACCCAUGCCGAUGCAGUACAAUAUCUAGGACUGGUUCAUCAGUCUACCAACGGGAAUUCCUCUAACCACUUCUUUGCGGUCGAGUUUGAUACUAUCUUCAGUCUUGGCACAGAUACUAUAGAUGGCAAUCAUGUAGGAAUCGAUCUGAAUGGCGUUAAAUCCAAUCAGUCCAUUUCAUCAGCUUAUUUUUCCAAUGAAGAAGGGAAGAAUAUAAGCUUGGACCUCAAAAAUGGACAUCCUAUACAGGUGUGGAUAGACUACGAUGGCCAACAACAACUACUCAAUGUAACUUUGGCACCAGAGAAUAGUCUGAAACCAAACCAGCCUCUCUUGUCCACAUCAAUCAAUCUCUCAGUUAUCCUAUUGGAUACCAUGUAUGUUGGUUUCUCUGCUUCAACAGGUUCAAUUGGAAGCUGUAGCCAUUAUAUUCUGGGAUGGAGCUUCAACAGAAGUGGAGAAGCACAGAGCCUUGAGAUAUCGGACCUCCCAAAGCUUCCCAAAAAUGGUGGACGAAGAAAUACGGUUAUAUUGAUUUCAAUCAUUGCGGCUGUUUUGUUGCUGUUAGUAAUUAUGGGAGCAGCAUAUGUUUACAGGAGGAAGAAAUAUGAGGAAUUAAAUGAAGAUUGGGAAAAUGAAUAUGGACCUCAUAGAUUCCCCUACAAGACACUGUAUAUAGCAACCGAAGGUUUCAAAGACAAGCAACUUCUGGGAUCCGGAGGUUUCGGGAAAGUUUAUAAAGGUACACUUCCUUAUUUCAAUGAACAAAUUGCAGUGAAGAAAGUAUCCCAUGAAUCAGAUCAAGGGAUGAAGGAGUUUGUGUCAGAGAUUGUCAGCAUGGGAAGGCUAAGGCAUAAGAAUUUGGUGCGGCUUCUGGGGUACUGCAGACGUAAGAAAGAGCUCCUUUUGGUCUAUGAAUGUAUGGAGAAUGGUAGCCUCGACAAGUUCCUUUUCAGCGACGAGAAAUCGACCCUUAAUUGGUUUCAAAGGUUUCAAAUCAUCAGAGGGGUGGCAUCGGCUCUUCUUUAUCUCCAUGAAGAAGGGGAACAAGUUGUUCUUCAUCGAGACAUCAAAUCCAGCAAUGUUCUAUUAGAUUCCAAUCUAAAUGGACGGCUCGGUGAUUUCGGUCUGGCCAGAUUAUACGAUCACGACAGUGUUCCGCAAACGACUCGUCUAGUAGGAACUUUAGGGUAUAUGGAUCCCGAACUCACCCGAACCGGAAGGGCUACUAAAGCUGCCGAUGUGUUUGCUUUGGGGGCUUUUCUGCUAGAGGUGGCUUGCGGGAGGAAGCCAUUUGAUCAUCAUGCACCACCCGGAGAGAUUUCUCUAGUUGAUUUAGUCAAGAAGUGUUUCAUAAGAGGAGCCAUUGUUGAUGCUGUUGAUCCAAGAUUACAAGGCCAUCACGUGGUGGAGGAGAUGGAGAGAGUUUUGAAACUGGGGCUGCUUUGUUCCAACACCGAACCAGAUUUGAGACCCACCAUUGUAGAAGUGGUGCAGUAUCUGGAAGGCAAUGUUAGUUUGCCAGACGUACCAGUUGACAGUAGAGCCCAAAGCAUACCAUCUUCUAUCCUUGAAAAUAGCAUAACAUCUGAUAGUGUAAUUUCGUUUUCUUCAUCUAUAGGGAAGGGUCUUUCUCUGAAUUCCUCGCGGAGUACGGAUUCUGUUCUUCACAUAGGUCACUGA